CUCCACAGCACGAAACCUCCAACAGCCGUGAACAAGGCAUCCCUGCCGUAGCGGCAACUCUCCCGGCGACCACCGCCGGGAUAGAGCGCGGAAUUGGCAAUGCCGCGCCGCUGGGGCGCCCAGGCGAACAACACCCCAGUAUACAUAGGCGCGCCCCUGAACCGCAGGGCUCCCCUCGGCGACGCCGUCCGCCGAGCCCACGAACUGCUGUCGUGCUCCCAGGCCCCCUCGCGCUGCGAAAAGAAUCACGACGGGAAAACUUCGAGCCUCGCCCGCCGCCGAGCGGUGCGGGGCGCCGCGCCCCCUGCUCGAGCGCUCUCGUGGGCAGGGGCCCGCCCUGCCAGCAGGCGAGGUGCCCGACGGCCCCGCGCGGCCGCGGCUCGGCGCGCGCUGAGCUCGGGGAUCUCGCUGGCGCCGCCGCCGCCAGCGAGAUGGGGCACAGCGUCUGCCAGGCCAGCCAUCACUGGGAGCUGCGUUUCCUGACCCCCUGGGGGCCCAUCGAUUUCGACGCCCCUCUCGAGAGCUCGUCGAUGCGAUGGGCUCCCCCAGGGGGGUGAGGGCCACAGCUCCCCCAGUCAUGGCUGGUCGGUCCGCACCCGCGGCCUCGCGGGCAGGGCCCCCAUUGGCCGGGCCCCCCGCGGCUGCGGGGCGCUUCCUCUGGCGCGCGCCUCGCGCGGGGCGUGCCCGGAUGCUGUGCCCGCUGCUCGCGACCACCUGCGCCUUGCCCCCCCUGCCUGGCCUUGUCUGCCUCCAGAAAUAAAAAUUAGUUUGUUUCCCCUUUCUUUUUAUGUUUCGCCCAAAAGGUCCCCCCGUAGGGGGGCCGGCCCGACUUGGCCGUCGGGAUCGCCUGCGCCCUGUCCUCCUGCCCGAGCUCGUCUGCCUCGGCCCUCUCGGCAGCGGCCGCGCGGCGGCCGCGCGGGGCAUCGCCCGGCGGCCGCGCCCGCGC